GUCGAAACUUAGAAAUUGCACAAUGGUUGUGGGCGUCUUUCCACUGGCGAAACUAGCUUUACUUGCCAUUAAGCACAUUAGCAAGCCCAUUGGCAAUCUGAUCAAGCAAACGGCCAAAAAGAAUAAGUCAUUCAAAACCCUGGUUGUUGCUCCUCCGGCGAGAUUAUACCACGUAAUUGAUGUGCGCUCCAAGAUGUGGAUGCUGGGACUUGGACAACCUCGUCUAAUUCCGCCCCUCACUGACGCGAUGACUAUCCAAAUGGGCGGUGAUAUCCUGGGCGAAAUGGUCAUCUUCAUUAUUGGCGCCACGCUGAUUGUAGGCGAGUUCAAAAGGCAAGCCAAGAAUGACAGGUUGAAGCACGAAAAACACAAGAUGCAUCGGGAGAAGCUGGAGGAAAGAAUUGGUAACCUCACCAACAAGGUCGCCCGCCAGACCAAGGAAAUCAAUCAGCUGAGGAGCAAGCUGGGAAGUAGGGAAACCUAUACGGCAUAUUGCAAUACAGGGGAUUUGGAAUGUAACUGAAUUGGCCUGGAAAUCUCAGUCGCCAGUAUAUUCGUGCUAAAUUUUAUGUAACGCACAAUGGUGAUUGGUAGUUUUCCAGUUGGAAAAAUUUUCAUUCAUGGCGUGAAACGGAUUAGCAAGCCAUUCGGAGACCUUCUGAUUUGGAUGGGCAAGCAUCAUCCCUUUAUACGGCGCUACAUCAUCAUUCCGCCUGCCCAGCUCUACAACACCUUUGAGGUCCGUUCCAAGCUUCGUAUGCUUCGAUUAAAGCAGCCCAGGCGGAUUCCACCCCUCUCCACUCCGGUCGCCACCAGAUUGGGCGCUGAUAUGCUGAGUGAGGCUUUUGUGUUUGGCAUCGGCGCGGGUCUCAUAUACUAUGAGCUUUCAAAGUGUGAACUAUUACAAAUGUCUUAAUAAUUUGUAUUCCUAUACAAUUAUUUGUUUUUAUAGAACAUAUACAAAAACCAAAAAACAGAACCAGGAAAUUGAGGAUCAAAAAAGAGUUCUAGAUGAGUGCGUGGACUGUAUCAGUGCAGAUGUGGAACGGAACCAAAGGGAAAUCAACUGGAUUAAGGCAGCUCUAAAAAACGUUGAAAAAUAAGGAUUUAUUUUUGUAUAAUUUUAUUAUGUAAUAAAUAAAUGAGUAAUUUUCAAGUU